GUACGCCUUCAGGUACCUACCUAACCCCCACCGCCCCGACAGUCUGGUUUCGUCGAACCGCAGUCCGCUACCCGAUCCGCCCAGCGCGCUGGCUCGGCCAUUAUUAAUUCCCCAGAACUACCACCCCAGGUAGCAGACUUACUAAUCCCAAUCCCUCCCCUGAACAUCGAACCUCCCAUCACACCAACACCCGAAGUCUCCAAACUCGCCUAGAGGUGAUCGGUCCCACGUGUCAGUCCCGCUCAGCCCUACAGCUAAAGACCAUGGCCGGGCCGCCCAAAAUAAGCAGCACCGCGUCCAGCAUGCUGGCGAUGGAUCAGCACGAGGGCAUCGAGAAGAUCGAGGUCUUCCUCGCGCGAGCCAGGGAGGCGUACAAGGACCCGGACGACCGCGACUGGUCGUCGGAGAUCGUGCGGCACCUGAGCGUGGUCUCGCACGCGGCGGCGCCGGCGCGGGCCGUCACGUUCCGGUUCGAGGUCGGGCCGGCGCACGACAACGGCACCGGCAACCUGCACGGCGGGUGCGCGGCCACGCUGUUCGACGUCUGCACGACGCUGCCGCUGUGCCUCGAGCCGCCGCCCGGCGCGCCGCCCGGCUUCCGCCGCGGCGGCGUCACCCGCUCCCUCGCCCUCACCUGCCUGCGCCCCGCCCCCGUCGGCGCCGCCGUCCACGUCCGCUGCCGCGUCCUCCAGGCCGGCCGCCACCUCGCCCUCGUCCGCGGCGAGAUGCGCGCCGCCCCCCCCGCCCCCGGCGCCCCCGAGGGCCCCCUGCUCGCCGUCUGCGAGCACGCCAAGGUCAAUACCGAUCCGCCGUCCGCCAGGCUGUGA